UCAUUAUUUUAUUUCAGAAGUACUAAAAUGUGUGUCCAGUGGACCUUGGGAAUAUUUUUUUUCAUUUUGCUAACUAAGCGAGUACCUUGUAAAACCUAUCUAAUCAAGUUAGACAAAGGACACAAACCUAUAAACAUUGCAACUCCUGAGGCCGAGGGUGCAGACUACCAAGACCUAGACCACCAAUACAAUUUACAUGAGAUAUCAGCACUACUUGGAAAUCAACAACCUUUUGGAAAACUGAACAAUAAACCAGAAGAAGAAACCACUGCUGAACCUGCACAAAAUUCAAACACCUGCAAACCUGGAGUAAUGAGUACGGAAAUGAGUGAUGAUUUGAAAACUGCAGAUUGGAUUAAAAAUGUUAAACCCUGCACUUUAGUGGAUAGAAUCCUGGAUUUUGAAUUCUUCACAAUACGUAAAGCAGAAGAAGGAAGCCCUGUCACAAUAAAUGGGUUCCCGGUCACUACAGAGGAGUAUCAGAAGGCACUGGACGGGCACAAAGUGGGGCUUAAAAAUCCCGAGGGGAAGGAGGCCAUCCUCUCAGCUAUAGGAAAAAACGUUCAGCUUGAUGGAAAAUCCUUGACAUCCGGGAAUAAAUUAAUUGUUAACAUUAAGACAUUUAUUUAAAUAUUAAUAAAAAGAUUAUUUUUAUAU